CUUUUAUAAUAUUUUAUAGAUCUAUAUACACACGUCAUAUUUGAGCUAGUUAAACUUGAUAUAAUCUCUCUCUAGUUUUUAUCAUCUGUUUAUAAAUGAUCGUUGAAAAAAUUAUACAAAGGAUAUCACUUAAGAGAUGCAUGUGUUUCAAAUAUGGAUUAUAUUCAUAUUGACAGUAGCAGAAUAUGUUCAUUGUGGUGACAAACCGAAUAACACAAAUGGUACUAUAGAAAUUGAUAGUCAUGGGGAAGAUGAUAACUUUGAUGUAACAGAACAGACUAGUGAUCAACCCACCCAAGAACCUGAAGAACAACCAUAUCCUUUAGGACCAACACAACCCACACAACAACCAUUUGUUUUAGAACCGGAACAAACAGAACCUCUCGAUUUAUCUAUGAAACCUGCUCAACCACAACCUGUACAUCCACAACCUAGACUGCCAAUACAGCCAAUACAAUAUCCAUUGCCAAUACAUCCUCAAGCUAGUCAACCUGGUUUCCCAGUUCAACCUGGUUAUCCAGUUCGACCAAUACCACGUUAUCCACCUGGAUAUCCUCCUUACCCACCUUAUCCAUAUCCACCUUACCCACCUUAUCCAUAUCCACCUUACCCACCGUAUGGUCCUUAUCCUCCUUAUUCACCGUAUGAUCCUUAUCCUCCUUAUUCACCAUAUGUACCACCAACACAACCAAUACCACCAAGGCCUACACAUUAUGUACCACCUCCACAACAGUCAAUUGAACAACCAAUAGAACAACCUCAGCCAAUUGAUCAACCAACAGAACAACCUCAGCCGAUUGAUCAACCAGCAGAAGAAACUGAACCAAUUGAUCAACCAAUAGAACAACCUGAACCAAUUGAUCAACCUAUGCCGGUAGAUAUUAUUGAACCUAGUGAGACUCAAGAAAAUGUUAUUGAAAAGAAAACUCGGGUAAAGUGUAAGAUAAUUAAAUUAAUGAAGAGGAAUGAAGGAGGAAAAUUGAUUCCAAUGACAAAAAAAGACUUCAAAAAAGUAAGUUAUCAUAUAACCAAAGUGAAAUUUGAACUCUUUGCAAAUCUUGAGCAACUAAUUUGUGACGGUGAGUUGGCUUAUGAACAUACACCUGGAAAGCCUUACGCAUCAUCAUUAAUUCAAAAUAGACAAUUUAAGGAAUUUUUCAUUCGAAUUAAAGAUAUAUUAACUAUAGUUAGACACAUUAACAACAAAUGGAAAAUAAGUGACCAUAAAAUUCCGUUUUGCUUUCAACUUUUCACCAAAGAUUCGGAGGGAAAAGAAGUUUUAAUAACCGAAGAGAAUAUUGAUGUCGAAUUAAGCUCAUUUGAAUGUUUUAAAUACAUGUUCAAUACAGGUGUUAGGUGUCAUAAGGUUGUAGUCAAGGAUAAAUUAGUUUGGGAAAAAAAGGAAGAUGAAAGUGAAUAUCCCGAGGCAAUGGUAGUAACAAAGAAAGGAAGAGUUUCAUUGUCCUUCGAAGAACAAAUUGUUAUAUUUAUAGAAAAAGCUGACUGUUAUGAACAGGUAGAAACCAAACAUAAAAGACCCAGUAAAAAAAAGUAAUAUAACAUUUGUAAUAUAUUUAAUAUACAUAAACACAAG